AUGUUUCCAUUGUUGAAGAAUAUCUCCGGUGUACAGAACCAUGACAACUACAGUUGGUUACUGACCCCGUCUCUGAAUGCGUUAGACAGUAUGUCGGCAACAGCUGUGAAUCCAGGGGCGAGUUCGGAGCCAGCUUCCAAUGAAGAGGCGCUUCAUAUGACUCGAUUCAUCGUACAAAAAAUCUGUGUACCCAUCGUCGUCUUUUUGGGUGUGGUCAGUAAUACCCUUAACAUCGUCGUUCUGACCCACAGAUCAAUGAACACAUCGACUAACGUUUACUUGACGGUACUGGCGCUAUUCGACACACUGUACCUCAUCUUUAGCAUGACUCUGAGCCUCAAGCACUUCCCUUCCGUGAACGAAAUGUCGAGCUACAAAUACUGGACGCUCUAUGCCCGCGUUUUAACCGACAUGUGCAGUAAUGUUGGCGUCUGGCAAACGAUCACGUUUACUGUUGAACGAUAUAUUGGGGUUUGUCAUCCGAUUAGAGGACAUGUUAUCUGCACGCCACAGAGAGCAAGAAUUAUUACGGUCAUUGUGUCGACUAUAGCCGUGGCGGUUACAAUACCCGAAUUUUUUGAAAGAAUCGUCAUAGAGGAGACGAAUUCUAACAAUCAGACGGUGGUUCGAAUCGUCUAUUCUGAAGUAGGGAGCUCCCCUUCCUAUCAGACGGGCUACCAUUGGUUUCUUACUAUUUCGUUUACAUUUAUACCGCUCGGCUCACUUGUGUUUUUCAACGGGUUGCUUAUCCGAGCGGUUGUCAAGGCUAAUAAGAUUCGCCGUUUAAUGUCGAAAGCACCGCUUCGCAAAACAGCCGACAAAUCAGGCAACGAGCAGCAAAAGAUAACGUUAAUGCUAAUUAGCGUUGCCAUUGUCUUCCUUCUGUGCCAGUUUCCGGGCGCGAUCCUUCUUCUGUGUCAUUCUUACAUCCCCGAGAGCAGAGUCACUCCGACGCUGAAAAACGAUUUCCGAAUCGCCGGCAAUUUCACGAACCUUCUCAACCAGAUCAACUGCUCAGUCAAUUUCUUUCUUUAUUCCUUAAUCAGCACCAAAUUCAGGCGAACUUUCAUGCAGGUAUUCUGCUGCGGGCGCUGGACUGUCGUCCGUCAAUCGAACCUUAGCCGCACGGAGACGUGCAACCUGUAUCGCUCUAAUCGUCGGUCGUCUAGCGGAGUCACGUGGUGUCCGACACGAUCUAACGCCGUCUCACAGACCGGCCGGAACGCCGUGCGCGCAUUCCCUUACAAUGACGUGGAAAACGGAAGUCCGACGAGACUUCCCGUCUAUGUUGAUCUCGAAGAAUACGCGCCGUUUCCUGUUUCAGAUAAAAAAUAUCCAGACAGGAAAGAUUGUAAAUUAUGA